AAGGAACAAUUGACAACUGCAUAGAUGUUGCCAGUUGAGAAGGUAUUACAGUUAAACAAACCUUAAAAAUAAGUGGCAAGUAAGAAUCAGACAUAUUUGAGAGUCAAGUGUAAAGCAUCAUCAUCUUUACAACCCUGCAAUGCAUGAACCUUUUGAGUUACUAGCACUCUUGUCAAGAAAAGAACCCAAAAUUCUUUUUUCAUAAUCCAUUUCUCAUGUAUAAGAACUCUCACUUGUACAUAACCCAUGCAUCUCCUGAUUCUUGAAUUAGAAACUUUCCUUCACUACUUUUUGGGUUUUUAAAUCCCCUAGUGCUUUUCUUGUUCCAAGCAGCUUUUACCUUAUCCAAAAGCAUACAUUACAAAGAUGGCUAACGAGCAAAUGAAGUCUAUUGCCAUGCUUCUUUUGGUGCUGAAUUUCUGCAUGUAUGCCAUAGUUUUGGGCAUUGGUGGAUGGGCUAUGAACAAAGCCAUUGAUAAUGGUUUUAUCAUUGGUCCAGAAUUGAAACUUCCAGCUCACUUUUCACCCUUGUUCUUCCCAAUGGGAAAUGCUUCCACUGGAUUCUUUGUGACAUUUGCUUUGCUUGCUGGAGUAGUUGGUGCUGCAUCAGCAAUUGCAGGAAUCAAUCAUAUACGUUCAUGGACUGCUGAUAGCUUGCCAUCUGCAGCUUCAGUUGCUACCAUGGCUUGGACUCUUACACUCUUGUCCAUGGGAUUUGCCUGCAAAGAGAUUGAGCUUCACAUCAGAAAUGCACGCCUGAGAACUAUGGAGGCUUUUCUUAUUAUCCUUUCAGCUACACAGCUUUUCUACAUAGCUGCUAUUCAUGGUGCUGCAUCCAACAGGAGAUAAACUUGAAAGUUGAUGGAAUGUGUUUUGUUUUGGUUGGCCAUGAAGGAUUGUAUUGGUGUGCUUGUAUUUCUCUCCCUCUCUUUAACUUAUUCUUUCCUCUUUGAUUUUUGUUUUUUAUUCUGUCUUUCCAAAAAAGACUUCCAAUUCACAAACGUCCAAGGAGAAUUAGCAUUGUGGUGUUGUUUAAAUGAUUGGAUUUGCAUGAAAUAAGACUAAAUCAUUU